AAAUUUCACUUCCUCAAUAUCUUCAGAUCACAGGCCCUGAUAAUUUCUCUCCUCCGAUAGAGAAAGAAGCAGAUCGUAUCAUCACGACCAUUGCAAUAAGAGAGAGAGGGAGAGAGAGAGAGAAUGUCUGGAAUGGUUGAUGCGAGCUCGUGGGGUGCAGCGUUAGUAAGGAUCUCGCCGUACACUUUCUCCGCUAUCGGAAUCGCCAUCUCGAUCGGCGUUUCAGUCCUCGGUGCCGCCUGGGGAAUUUACAUUACGGGAAGUAGUUUGAUCGGUGCGGCCAUUGAAGCUCCUCGUAUCACUUCGAAGAAUCUUAUCAGUGUAAUCUUUUGCGAAGCUGUAGCUAUAUAUGGCGUUAUUGUUGCAAUCAUACUGCAAACGAAGUUGGAGAGUGUCCCAUCUUCAAAGAUGUAUGACGCUGAGUCUCUUAGAGCUGGAUAUGCAAUCUUCGCAUCUGGAAUCAUAGUUGGUUUCGCCAACCUUGUAUGUGGGUCUGUAUCUUCAUUCUCUUCCUCCUUCCUUACUAGUUUUGGUUUUUGGAUUCCAUUGUCAGAUCGGUUGCGUUUCUCCUGCAGGUUAUGUGUAGGAAUCAUUGGAAGCAGUUGCGCAUUGUCUGAUGCUCAGAACUCCACACUCUUUGUAAAGAUUCUUGUGAUUGAGAUCUUCGGGAGUGCUCUCGGAUUGUUUGGAGUUAUUGUGGGAAUCAUUAUGUCCGCACAAGCGACGUGGCCAACCAAAUAAGUAUUACCGGUCUGAAAACGUUGUGAUGUUACUUGCAAAUCUGGAAAGAACAUGGCUUUUUGGUUAUCUUCAUUCUGAUAAGGAUACUGAUGUCUAGAAGACAAACCUUUGUGAGAACUGAGAACCUCUCUUUUGGAUCCAUAAUUUUUUUGUAUUGUUUAAAUACUUUGGAAUAAGUCACUUUUGGAGGACAUCUUCAUGUUUGUAUUCUCUUUGGUUUCUCUUAUAAUCAAAGACGAGUUUGUAUAUGAUUUGUUGUUGGUACAUUAUUGAAAUUGGAAAUUUCGU